CCUCUCUAUAGUAUGAAGUUGUGGUCCUUGACUUCGAUCCACGUGACUCUCGUAACUUCUAGAACAAUCUAUGUAUGUACGUUAUUUGGUCGGUUUCAUUUACGUUCACAUAAAUAUAUAAAAAUAAUAAUGUAACUCUUUUUUCUAUUAUUAUCAUAUAUUAAAUUUUGUCACAUACAUGACUUGGCAGCGUUCUUCAUACUCUUAUCUUAUAUUCCACUAUUUCCUUUGGUGAUAGUUCAAUGAAAGAAUAAGUCUGAUUAUAUAUAGGGUCCCCCCACGAGUAGUACUAUUGCCUAACCACGAAGCUUCUUCCCAAGUUCUCAAUCUCAGGCCAUUUAUUUAUAUAUAAUAUAUGGCUACGUCAACAAUCGAGAACCAUACAAAUUUCUCUAUGGGUAUUUUUUUUCUUCCCUAAGUCUACGUCUAUAAAUAGUCAGCUAUACCACUAUUUCUGUUUAGCACAACUAAAAGAUUUGGUCAAUACAUACAUAUCGUGAAUAGUUUUUAAAUCAUCUUUAGAAAAAGCUCGAAGUUAUAGUAAGUUGUAGUGCUAUAUAGUAAUUAGUAAUUACAAACUUUUCUUUCCUUUUAUUUUGCUAUAUAACAUAUUUUCCAACAUUUCAUCGAUAUAUAGUUCUUGCUAUAUAUAUAUAUAUAUAUAUAGAAUGUCUCCCUUAAGCACCUACGACUUAAAGAGGAUCUUCCAAAAGCUUGACAAGAAUGGCGAUGACCUAGUUAGCCUUGAGGAAUUGAGUUGGCUUCUGGAGAGGAUUAAUAAUGGUAGUGUUCAUCAUCAGUUUAGCAAGACAGAACUUGAGUCCUUGGUUGGAAAAUCAAGCCUCAACUUUGAUGAGUUCUUGUUCUUCUACGAAUCCAUAUCAUCAAAACAUAAUGAUGAAAUUGAUGAUGAGGUUGAAGAGAUCAUUAUUAGUGACCUUGUUAAGGCGUUCAAGGUGUUUGAUCAAAACGACGACGGAUUCAUCUCUUGUGAAGAGCUUCAAAGCGUACUAAUAAGAUUAGGUUUGAUGGAAGAAAACAGUACUGACAAAGAUUGCAAGACUAUGAUUAAUGCCUUCGACGCCAAUUCCGACGGCCAGCUUGAUUUUGAAGAGUUCAAAACCAUGAUGUUGCUUACCAUUACUUCUUAAUCAGCAUGCCCAUAUAUAUAUUUAGCUAUAUAUUCUAGUUUCUUUUAUAAUAUAUAUAUAUAUAUAUAUAUAUAAGUGACUAUAUAUAUGCAUAUGGUCAAUAUAGAGAGUCUACGUACAGACCACAUACACAUAUUAUAUGAUCAACUGGUCCAAAUUAAUCAUCGGCAUUAUUAUUAAUUAGUUUUUUUUUUUUUUUGAUAUUAUAUACAUCAGAUUAUUAGUAACUACUAUAUGUAUAUACUAAUUAAUUAAAUAAAUGCAUGCAGUCAUUGUUCAAUUA